UGGUAUGAUCAAAUAUGAUGCAGUCCUCCUGUGACAGAAAAAAUUUAUGAUUAAAAGAAGCCUUCUUGUAAUUUUUGUAUAACGCACACAGUAAAUCUUAUGAGAAAUAAAUGAAUUCUCCAUCAAAUUAUUAAUUGGUGUGAAACAUAAACUAAGAAAAUAAUGGCAUUACCUGCUAAUUACAAGCAAGCCGCCGUCAAUUUCAAUUCUAGCUCCCAAAGUCAUAUGCUGUCCUCUGGUGCUCCAAUGACUUUCAACAUUCUUAAAGAACGAUUAAGAGCAUCGGGUAAUUCGAAUUCCUCAACUGGAUCGACGAAGGAACCAGCUGGAAGUCCAUUUGUACACAGUUCUCAUGGCAACGUUAAUUUUACACCACAGAAAGUUGGCAAAAAUACUGCAAAUGAUCCAAGAUUGCCAAAACCACCUAAACCUCCAGAGAAACCGCUUAUGCCCUAUAUGAGAUACAGUCGUAAAAUAUGGGAUAUAGUGAAAGCACAGAAUCCAGAGUUAAAGUUAUGGGAAAUUGGACGUAUCAUUGGACAAAUGUGGCGAGAUUUGCCCGAAGAAGAGAAAAAUGAAUACAUAGAAGAAUAUGAAACAGAAAAAAUUGAGUAUGAAAAAUCAUUGAAAACUUACCAUAAUUCACCAGCAUAUUUAGCUUAUAUAGCUGCUAAAAAUCGUGGCAAAUCAGCCCAACCGUCCUCAGAUGAACGAGAGCCUCAUGAUGCCAGACAAACAACAGGGAAAUCAUCAUCUACAGACCGUCGAAUUGAUAUUCAACCUGCUGAAGACGAAGAUGAUCAAGAUGAUGGAUAUUCUGUGAAACAUGUUGCAUAUGCUCGUUAUUUACGUAAUCAUCGUUUGAUAAAUGAAAUAUUUUCAGAUACGGUUGUACCGGAUGUUAGAUCUGUUGUAACUACUGCUCGAAUGCAAGUAUUAAAGCGUCAAGUAUUAUCAUUAACAAUGCAUCAGGAAAAACUUGAGGCUGAAUUACAACAAAUUGAGAAAAAAUUUGAAGCGAAAAAACGUAAAUUUAUUGAAAGUAGUGAAUUAUUUCAAGAAGAAUUGAAAAAGCAUUGUCGUCAAGCUGUUGAUGAAGAUACAUUCCAAAAAAUGGUUGAUCGACAAUAUGAAUUAUUGCGUAAAGAACGUACGAAAGGUAAUGAAGAUGGAAAUAAACCACGCUCAAAUGAAGAUACUAUGUCUUCAACAGCUGAACCAGUACCAGCUGCUGUUAAUGCUACAUCCGAAGAUGGACAUUCAAAUCAAGAAAUAGUAAAGGAUGCCUUGUGUUCUGUCGCAUCUAAACAGAUGGUAGAACUUCAUUUUAUUCAGCCAAUGGAACAAGAUAAUCCUCAAAAAUCAGCUGGUGAAAUGGAUCGUGAUAAUAGUCAAGAUAGCUCUUCAUCAAGUGGUAUGCAUGGUGGCAGUAACGCUAACAGUGCUAAUAAUACUGUAAAUAAUGAACCAUCAUCGAAGGUUGGACCUCCCGAACCGACACGUCCGAUAUUAAAUCAACAACCCCCGCAAUCAUCUGCUUCGCCUGUGCCAAUGGAAACAACACCACCUCAUUCACAUAUACAACAUAAUCCACCAGGCCAUCCACCAAUGCAGCAACAACCACCUCCUAUGCAUAGUGCACCUCACUUGCCACCCCACAAUCAGCAACCACCACCUGGUGCAAUGCCUCCUACUCAAGAACAAUCUCAACAACCUCCACCGCCUGCACAACAGCCAAUGCCACAAAUGAUGCCGCAUGGGCCACCACCACAUGGACCACCACUUCAAAUGCAACCAGGCUCUCCCCAUCCUCAUCCUGGUAUGCCUCCCCAUACUCAAGCUAUGCCAGGGCCCGCCCCACCCCAACCUCAUGGAAUGCAUGGACCUCCAGGGCCACCCGGUCCUCCUACUCACGGUGUACAUCCUCCACCAGGUAACCUUCCUCCUCCAAAUCAACCAGGAGGGCCUCCACCACCUCACAUGCAACCUCCACCACACAUGCAACCUCCUCCACCACCAGGACCAGGCGUUGUUUAUCAACAGCAACCGGGAUCAUUCCCAGGACCUCAAGGCAGUCCACAGUCAGUACCGCUACCACCAAGACCACCACAUCCCGGUGUUCCCGGAGGAUAUCCUCCAUAUUCUCAACAACAACCACCCCAUUUUUACCCCCAAUAUCCUCCGCAUCCAUAUUAUCAUCAUCCACAAUACCCUCAGUAUCCACCUCAUGCAAUGGGCAGACCACCGCAUCCACAUUUUCAUCCAGGCCAUCCACCUGCAGGACCAGGGCCACUUGAAGGACCUGGACCUGGUGGUCCAGGUGAUGCUCCAUAUCAUCCAACAGCGGCAGGUCCACCGUCAGCUGAUGGAGCUCAUAAUGAAGACUCAAAUCCUUCAGAUUCGAACAAAGAUGAUGGAAAAGAUACCAAGAAAAAUGAAGACAAUGAAAAAAAUGAAAAUAAAGAUUAAUUAGACAUACUUACCU